AGAUUUCUACGACUUUUCUUCUCCGAAUUUCCCAGCGAAUAUCCAUUCCGUCUCCGGUCUAUCGUUUUCACUCGCCGCUCGCAGAGCACGGCGCGUGUUUGCCCAUCUGUUUUCUCCCAGAUCCUCGAGCUUCUCAAGGAGGUGAUUUGUUGUCCAGCUCACAUGAUUUUGCAUCGAAUCUGUUUAAUCUGGUGUGUCAUCAACUGCAGCAAUCUGCAUCAAGCAAUUCAUCCCCGAGCUUCUGAAGGAGGAAACAACUGGAACUGUCAAGCAGAGAUUACUGAAUCGCAGCUCGCUGAUUUGAUUCGGGACAACAAGGGGAGGGAUUCGAGGAUGGACGGGAGCGGGAUCAUAGCGAGCGCGGCGACGGGGGCGAUGGGGUCCCUGCUGGCCAAGCUCGCCUCCCUGCUGGAGUCCAACUACCACCAGAUGCAGAGCGGCACGCGGCGGGAGGUCGCCUUCCUCCGGGACGAGCUGAGCAGCAUGAACGCGCUCCUCGAGCGGCUGGACAAUGCGGACUCCUCCGGGGCGCCGCCGCUCGACCCGCAGACGAGGGAGUGGCGGGGCCAGGUGCGGGAGAUGAGCUACGACAUCGAGGAAUGCGUCGACGACUACACGGACCACCUCCGCUGCCGCCAACGCCGCGAUUUCCCCCCCGGCGGCAGCGGCGGCGUGUUAGGGUUCGUCCUCGGCUACGUGCAGACCGUGCGGGAGAUGGUAUCCCGCCGCGGCAUCGCCGAGCAGAUCCAGGAGCUCAAGGCCCGGGUCGUCGAGGCCGGGCACCGCCGGAAGCGGUACAAGAUCGACGAUGCCGCGGCGGGCAGCUCUGGUUCUUCCGGUGUGGUGCCCGUGGAUCGACGGCUGCCGGCGCUCUACGCGGAUUUGGGGGGCCUUGUUGGCGUCAACGGCCCCAGAGACGAGCUCGUCAGGUUGGUGGACGAUGGGGAGGAGAGGAGGAUGAAGGUGGUGUCGGUUGUUGGGGCUGGAGGAUUGGGGAAAACCACUGUUGCUAACCAGGUGUACCGGAACGUCGGGGAUCGAUUCGAUUGCAGAUGCUUCGUGUCGUUGUCGCAGAAUCCUGACAUUGGGAUGGUCUUCAGGACCAUGCUCUCUCAACUCAAGAAGGAUGAAUGUGAAGUCAGUGGAUCAGGUGAUAAGGAGCAGCUCAUCAAUGAAUUGAGGGAUUUCCUACAGGACAAGAGGUAUAUAGUUGUAAUUGAUGACAUAUGGACUAGCCAAGCAUGGAAGAUUAUCAAAUGUGCUUUACCUGAGAAUAUUUGUGGUAGUAGAAUUAUUGUGACAACCAGAAUUGGCACUGUUGCCAAAUCAUGCUCCUCCCCUGACUAUGAUCUUGUAUAUGAAUUGAAGACGUUAAGUCACGGUGAUUCUAAGAUGUUAUUCUUUAGAAGAAUUUUUGGCUCUGAAGAUAAAUGCCCUCAUAAUUUGAAAGAAGUUUCUACUGAAAUCGUAAGCAAGUGUGGUGGCUUACCUUUGGCAAUCAUUACAAUGGCUAGCCUAUUGACUACUAAGUCAGUUGGAACAGAAGAGUGGAUGAAGGUUCGGGAUUCGAUUGGUUCAGGACUCGAAAAAAAUUCUGAUGUGGAGGAGAUGAACAUGAUACUAUCUCUCAGUUAUAAUGAUCUUCCUAGUCAUUUAAGGACCUGCUUAUUGUAUAUGAGUAUGUUUCCUGAAGAUCAUGAGAUCAACAGGAAUUUUUUGGUAAGAAGGUGGAUAGCAGAGGGGUUCAUCAAGGUUUCUGGUUGCAGGAAUUUAGAGGAGGAAGGGGAAUGCUAUUUCAAUGAACUUAUAAACAGAAGCCUGGUCCAGCCAGUAGAUUUCCAAUAUGAUGGUAGAGUAUAUGCUUGCCGGGUGCAUGAUAUGAUUCUUGAUCUAAUUAUAUCCAAGGCGGUUGAAGAUAAUUUUGUUACUGUAGUUUCUGACAGAAGACACAUAUUGUGCCCCCAAUCUAAGGUUCGCCGACUCUCAUUUGACAACCCUAGUGUAGAAAACCUGACAGCACAUUCCAUGUCUGUUGCUCAUGUUCGAUCUCUGAACAUAUUUAAAUACUCUGAACAAAUGCCUCCUCUUUCAAACUUUAGGGCGUUGAGAGUGCUAGAUCUAGAUGGCAAUGAGAAUUUGGAAAGUUGCUAUCUUGAAGAUAUAGGGAAGUUAUUUCAGUUGAGGUACUUACGGAUUAGAGCAAGUAACAUCACACUUCCACGACAAUUAGGAGAGCUGCAGUUGUUGGUGAUAUUGGAUCUUCUCAACUGUUCCCAUAUAAGCGAAUUGCCUGCAAGUAUUGUUGAACUUCCACAUUUGAAAUGGUUAAUUGUUAAUCGUGUCACAUUGCCAAAUGGAAUUGGCAAUAUGCAAGCUCUAGAGUUUCUGUCGCUUACAGUUGUGGACUACACUACCCCAGUAACUGUGUUAAAGGAGCUGGGCAGCUUGAAAAAAUUGAGAACCCUUGGACUGGAUUGGCGCAUCAGCAGCUCGCACAAGGAUAAAAUAGAAUAUGCAGAUAAUUUUGUUUCAUCCCUUGGCAAACUAGGUAGCUCGAACCUUCAAUAUUUAACGCUAAUCAGUCCUUGGUCACUAGACUUCUUGUUGGAAUCUUGGUCCCCUCCUCCUCACCACCUUCAGGAAUUAGCAAUCAAAGGUUGGUCUGUCAGCAAGAUUCCAGUGUGGAUGGCCUCACUGGCUAACCUCACCUACCUGGAUAUUGAGGUUCAAGUGAGACAGGAAACCAUCCAUCUACUUGGGGCCUUCCCUGCCUUACAAUUUCUGAAGUUAUACUCGAAUGCAGCUGACCCCAAAGAAAGGUGUCUCGUUGUCAGCAAAAAUGGAUUCCGAUGCCUAAAAAAGUUCAACUUUGUCCAUUGGGUAAACUUGCUAUUUCUAGAAGGAGCUGUGCCAGUGCUUGAAACUCUUGAAUUUCAAAUCAUAGUGCAUGAGGUGCAAACUGCAUCUCGAUUUGGUCCUCCUGAUCUUGGUAUCCGCCACCUCUCUGCUCUGAAGAACCUCGUUGUCAACAUUUACUGUGAGUGUGCAAGAGUUGAAGGGGUCGAGGCAUUAGAGGCUGCUAUUCAGGUUGCAGCCAGUAUGCUUCCAAACAAUCCAACACUGACAUUACGUAGAUUUCGUGAACCAGAGAUGUUAACAGAUGAUGCAGGAUAGUAAUCAACUUACACGCCCAUCCUUGCUCUGCAUCCACACAUUAAGGCAUUUUUUUGUUACAGCUAAACUGGAGCUACUGCUUGCAGCUACACUACUUUAUUCCACUCCAUAUGUCUCUGUCUUGGUAGACAUAGGAAUUGAUACUUUCAUCAACUUCAUGGUGCAAUUACACAUGUCAUUGUGCAAACCGUCUCUUAGCUUGUUGACUGUCAUAACUGACAUUAAUUAUGUUUACCAGUUAAUUUCACGACAGAUCUGUAGUGCAGAAAUUAGUCAAAAUUGCAUAGUUAUUCUUGUUAAGUGGUGGCAAUAUACAGCCUGCUAAUUGAGUAUUUGUUACACCUUAUGUCCAUUUGAAUAUGGUUUAUUGCAAGUCUGGCAUAUUCUGUUACACACACCUCACACUAACAGAAAAAGAUAGCUAGUGGCAACAUAUCUAGUACAUCUAUCUACAUGGCUGUAUUCUGUUGUACAAUGUGACAUGCCAUCGUGGACUAAACAUCAUUUCUAUUCCAUUGUCAACAUUCCAGUAGGUUUACUCCCUUGAUUGGUAACACAAAUUUAUCUAUAUAAGGAGACUUUGUUGCACAUUUGCUCAUGCUUUUGAGAAAUAUAGACUCAUUGGUCACAAAAUUUUGCUUACAUUACAUGCUCAGGUUCUGGGAGUGCAGAUCUUUACCCCCAAGUUCUUAUUUGUACACUUGAUUUUCUGGUUGUAUCUCCACAUUCUCUUCCACAAUGAAAUCAGGGAUCAUGAUGAGGCUGAGCUAUCCAAGUGAGAUUCGUUUGUUUAAUUGUUCGGAUCACAAUUGAUGUUGAACUGAAUCAAGUUACUGGUUGUGAUAUCCAAGCUUAAUCAGUUCUCCAAACUAGUUGUCACACACAUCUUAUUGUGCGGACAUGAGACCAUAAGUUCUCUAUCUGUGCAAUAUAGUUCCCAUUCUGUUUAGUUCCA